AUGCUUCGCUGGCUCGUCAACUUCGGCUUCCUGAUCCUCCCCAUAGGCGUCACCAUCGGCAUCCUGCUCGGCCUCCAAGCCCAGCGCCAGGCCACCGGCGGACCGCCCUUGUUCCAGCCUCCCGACCAGCCCGGCGGCGCGCCUCCUCUCAACAACAAGCUCACUUACGUCCAGUCCUGCAGGAAGGAGGACGGCAUUCAUCCCAAGGUCAAGAAGGGCUACCAAGAAUUCACACUGAACCCUAAUCAAUGGGGUACCAAGGCGGGAGACCCCGGCUUCCUGUGUAUGAAUGUGACUACGUUCAACAACCAGACGUAUCCUACCAAGCACACGGCGCCGGAAUGGACCAUUUGGUGGCAGUAUGACCCUAUCAGCGGCGACGGCAACAACGUGCACGCCUUCCCCAACGUCAAGGUCGAUGGCGGCGUGUUGCCGCUGCCCGUCAAGGACGUUUCCAUGGUCGACUUCAACAUGCAGUGGCGAAUGAGAUUGGACAACAAAACCGGUCCGACGGAUACGAACGAGCUGACUACCAACAAUGUCAACGCCAACGUGGCAGUCGACAUGUUCUUGGAUACAAACCAAGAAGCCGCCAAGUCCAGCGAAAAGGCCAAGUUCGAAGUCAUGAUCUGGUUCGCCGCCCUGGGUGCGGGAACCAAGGCCGUCAACGAGAAGGCAGGCAAUGAAGUUGCACGGUACACGUUCAACGGAACGACGUUCGACCUGUUCGCCGGUAAGAACUCAAACCAGCAGAUGGUGCUCACGUGGAAGGCGCAGACGACAAUGGACGACUUCCACGGCGACCUGAGCCCUUUCAUCAAGGAGAUCGUGAAGCUCAACAACGCCGACUACAUUACGGACAGCCACUACCUGGGAUACCUCAGUUUCGGCUCCGAGGCGUACUUCUCGAGCAAACCCGUCACGUUCCACGUACCGUCACUGGAGAUUGACGUACAGAAAGCAUAA